AUGAAAGCUUCAGUGAGUAAAUGCGAUGAAUUCCUGCAGCCUCUGACGCCGUGUUUCUGUGUUUCCCAACCAGUGAUUCGAGCAAAGGUGGUGGGAGAGAGAGAAGUGGAUUCUGGGAACGACAUCUAUGGGAACCCCAUCAAGAGGAUCCAGUAUGAGGUCAAACAGAUCAAGAUGUUCAAGGGACCUACCCAGGACAUCGAAUCUGUCUUCACUGCUCCCGUGUCCGCCGUUUGCGGCGUCACCCUUGAUGCCACCGGCAAGAAGGAGUAUCUGAUCUCAGGCAAGGCCGAGGCCAGCGGCAGCAUGCAUGUGACUUUGUGUGAUUACAUCAUGCCCUGGGACUCCUUGAGCACCACCCAGAAGAAGAGCCUCAGCCAGCGCUACCAGAUGGGCUGUGACUGCAAGGUAAGGCAGCAGAGGGCCGCCUUCGCAUGUGCAGUUUAUCUCGUGGCGUGGAGAAAAAAAAGACAGCUAUUCACUUCUUCCACUACACAUCCAGACAUAGCAGAGCAAACAAGACGAGGCAUGAUUCAGGGGAAUAAACACAAGAGCAGUAAAUGUAACUUGAAUACUUGUUUUCUUUAUUAAUUGUUCUAGAGAUUA